AUGUUGCUACUCUUUGCCAUUCUCACUGCUGAAGAAUCCCUGAUAUUUUUCACUGCUGAUUCCAAAGUACUCGAUCCAGGUGGCCUCCUCUACGAAAUCAACGUCCAUCUUGAACUUAUCCCAGAAAGUAGCCCCCUUCCACUCCUUCUUGUUGUCUCCUGCUAUUCUUGGGCCAUCUGA